GGGGGCAGCUAGGAGUUGGGAGAUCGAGCCCUUCCUGAUGGAGGGCUCCAUCCCUCCGUUAUUCCACUUUCUCUUCCUUAAUGCAUAUUCUGAGAUAUAUUUUAAAAAACAGAUAAUAUGGUGAGGCUUGCAAGUAGAAGGUUGCAUUUUUCAGACAGCUCUGUGAACAAGGCUGGGUAGUGGCAUGAUAAAAGCCUUGUCUGGAGGUGCCUUGGGAAGUGGGUGGACAGCAGGAGGGAAUCUGGGGAGACAUUAGUGGGUGGGGAAUGCUUGUUUUCAAACACCCACUGCCACUUGUGGGGCUCACCAGCAGGACCCGUGUGCUUAAGAGUUUUGUAAGCAGCAGACUCGGCGGGUGGAGGGCUGGCACCAGCCUCACGGGGAGUGAGGCCGUCACCUCCAGGGACUGCUGUGGGGUGUUGUGGAGGGGGCUCCUGCGACAACCGUUUGGGUGGCUCCUUUCUCUUGAAAAGCACAGCUGGGUGUUCCAGGCUACUUGCCCUGCGCUCACUAAGCUGGCCUGCUGACUCCAGGGGAAGUGGUGGAUGCGGCCCCCAUCACCAGCAUCAAUAUGUCAGCACAUACACAGUCACCCGCACUGCUGGGCAGCAGGCCUUACUUCCUUGUGAAAGAGUCAGCCAUGAUACCCGUUGGUUCUGGUUCCCUCUGGACACCAGAUGUGCCAAUAUCAGUCAGGAUCAUGUGGAAAUAACCAGGAACCCUAUCACAUUUAAGGUGACUCCUCUUCGAUUCAACCAGCGCCUCUUCCAGACAGCAAAUUCUUUACUCCUCAGGAAUGUGGUCAUGAGCGAUGCGGGUACCUACAUCUGCCUCCUCCCCAGCAAUUCAGAAACUCGCACCAUCCUGCAUGUGACUUCGGGCUGCCACAACAAUCUUUUUGUCUCUGCCGAGCCGCUGAGUAACUCCUCUUUCCAACUGAUGUGCCAUCACUGCCCUUGGAGGGGCAAGAAAUAUGCCUUUCGCUGGACCCUGAACUCAGAGCCACUGGGCAAUCGCCGUUGGGCAAAAAAGAAAGAUUUCGGGUCUUCCGUAACUUUGUAUCCUUUCCAGGAGGUUUUCUGGGGUCGUUGGGAAUGCCGUUCCCUUGUCAAUUUUUCAUGGGUCUCUGAAAUCUGCUUGACUCCACCCAAAGGACAAAAGGAAGUAGGGACCCCCACAAUUCUUCAGCAAGAAAUUGCUUUGGCUGAGCCCACCUCUUUGGCAUCAACCCCCUGGGCAGAUCCCACCUUCGCAAGGACCACAGCCGCUGCACCGGCCGGGCACGAGGUGAAGGGCUUUGCGCUCUGGAGCUGGGCACUGCUGCUGGCCGGGUCGCUCCUGGUCCUGACUGCUCUCGGAGUGGCCGGGUGGCAAUGGAACUCACAAGUGGCAGCCAGGAAACACGAAGGCAAGGAGGAGUGGACUGAUCAUGCUUCCAUCAGAACAAAUGAGGACACAUUCGAAAGAGAAAGUCUGAAUGAGAGAUCUGCUUCCCUUCAUUACGCCCAGUUGCAACAUCUUCAGCAGAAGUCCAAGGCAGUUCAGACUCCAGACAGCAUCACGGUCUAUGCAGUAAUUGUAUGAAACUGCAUCUGUCAUUUCCUACUUGCCUGCCUACGUCCAGCCACUGUUUCCUGAUCUGCUUCCCGCUGAAGUUCUCCAGAAAUGUGCUGCGUGGUCCCACCAACAGUCUCCUUGCUUUAUUACCCCUCCCUCUUUAAGCAGAGGGACCUGCUCCCCUAAACACAGGUGCCUUCUCUCCCACUCUGGGUGCCUCCAGACAGGCCAUGGCCUUGUUCACAAGGGGGGCAGAAGACGACAGCUCCAGUUUGUAUCCCUCCGAGAGCAAGAGAGCAAGCCGAACCUUUCCCGCCCUGCUGCCAACACCGAGGUCCUCAUGAAACCCUCUUCCCUGAAGCUGCCGUUCACACCAGCAGCCCUGCAUGGUGCCGUGAGAGGUUUCCCUCCCGUGCAAGCAGCAGCCUCAGGGAGGCAGUGUUGGCAGGGCCGCAACAGGUGGGAAAGGGCUGAAUCCUCACGUUUUGUUAUAGAUAGCAUGCUGUGCCUUUGCUGUUGGACCGUCCUGAGACUUUUAUGUAUAGGACGGGGCAUAAAGGGUUUAAAUCAACAAAUAAAUAAAAAAUCUCCCCCUUCCACCCCAGGAAAGCCCUCGGAGAACCAGCACCGCAGUUUAGGCUUAAGGAAACGUGAGCGGGGAAUUCACUUCCGAUUUCAUUUGGUCCGGAGGGCAGAACCAGAGGGUGUUUGUGCUCCUGCCGGUUCCCUCCCCAAGCUGCGAAUGCCACCAGUUCUGUGGUGCAAGCAGAACUCACCACUCCAACAAGAGCGAUUUAGCACUUCCACCCGCCAUAAGCGGAAACGCUCCUUUCUGGAAGGAGGCAAGUUGGCAGAACGUGCACAAGGGAGCUCUGCCCACCUGCCUCGCACUUCUGCGCAUUGCAGGGCUUCCACCAGGAGCACCACAUUGCCCUUGCACAAGAGAUGGGCUAGCGCUGGGGCUGGCACGACCACUGCAGCAAGGAUAUAAACACUUGCUUGUGUCCAUCAUCCGACAGAUGGGCAACUGCACCUGUACAGCUCCCUGCUUUAUGACCCUUCCCUCCUUUUCCUUCUGUCCAUCCCCCACUGUCAAAACUGAGGUGGAAAUUGCCCCCAGGCUAGGCAGACGCAGAAUCUCUUUGCCUCCAGGGCCAUGCAGUGCCCCCCCCCCCCAAACAAUGCAGCAGCGGAGCCAGCCAGAGCCAGUCAGCGUGCUGCUGCCUGUUGGAACCCCCUCGCCUUCUUUUUAAUCAUGGAGGAAAGCAGAGCAUAAGCGAGGAAGGAAGGUUUUGGCCAUGAACAAUGCGAUCCUGUGCACAUCUGCUUGGAAGUAAGUCCCACUGAAUUCAGUGGGAUUUACUCCCAGGUAAGUGCGUGUGGGAUUUCGCAGCCUGCUGCAACUUCGAUCGUAAAUGCAUUACUACCACUACUACAUUGCAUUUCUAUCCCACCUUCACUUCCUCUUGUGAGGAACCCACGGUGGCUGAGGUUGGGCCUCCACUCAUUUUAUCCUCACAACAACACCAUGAGGGAGGCUCGUCUGAGAAGGAGUGACUGGCCCAAAGUAGUCUGACGGCACCCAGCUCUCUCUCUCAUUCUCAUCAGACCCAGGUAAGGCAGUUUCCGUCCUGAAUCACUGCCCGAGCUUGAUAAUGGACUAGAUGAGGACCAAUGAACUGAAGCUCAAUCCAGCUAAGAUGGAGGUGCUGCUGGUGGGCGGUCUGUCUGCCCAGGCCUUCCGCCUGUCUUGGAUGGAGUCCUCCCCCCACCCCCCCAAAGGCCAGAAUCCAUAGCUUGGGGGUGCUCCUGGACCCCAGGCUAUCACUUGAGUCUCAGGUGGACUCAGAGGCCAGGAGCACCUUCUUUCGGCUACAGUUAAUUCAUCGGCUUGGGCCCUGUCAGGACAGACGGAGCCUUACCACAGUCACCCACACUUUGAUAAGUUCUUGACUGGACUAUUGCCCUUGAAGGUGGUCUGGAAACUUCAACUGGUGCAAAAUAGGUUGACGUGGCUGCUGGGGUGAGCAAACCCACGCGCCCACCUCGCACCCAUAUUCUAUCACCUUCAUUGGUUGCCAGUUGAGCGCUGGGCCCAAUUUAAGGUGCUUAGUUAACAUAAAGGGCCUUGCAUGACUUGAGAGCAGGAUACUUGAAGGGCUGCCUGAUCCUAUAUGCACCUACCUGACCCCUAAGAUCAGGCUUGGAGGUCCUGCUGAAAGAACCAUCCUCCAAGGAAGGAAGGAGGACAGCAAACAGAAGAAGGGCCUUCUCAGUGGUUGUGCCUCCCCUUUAGAAGAGCCUCCCGAGAGCGGUUCCCUGGUGCCUUCAUGACACCCUUUUUGGCGCCUGGCAAAAACAAUUUUAUUUUCCAGAUAUUUAAUAAUUGAUUUUAUGUCUGUAUAAAUUAUAAUUUUUAAUUUGAAUUACAUUUUAGAAUGUUUUAUAUUUUAAUUGUAUUGCUUUUAACUCUCAGGUUACUGUUUAAACUCUCUGCUGUAUAUUAAAUUGUAUAUUAUAUUGUUAUGGUUUGUGUUUAUGUAAUGUCGAUUUAUUAUUAAUUGACUGUUAGAUAUAUUUUUGUCUUAUUGUUAGUGUCACUUAUUGUUUUGAUUCUGUGUGUCUUGUAAUCCACUUAGAGAGUCCUGACGGACUACUGAUUAGUGUAAUAUAAAUUUAAUAAUGCAUGAA